CGCUUGUUGUGUGCGUCACUUCCGGGUGGCGCGGGACGGAGUGGCCAACGGUCUGCAAAGCAACAUGCCUAAGUUUUAUUGUGACUACUGCGACACAUACCUCACCCAUGACUCUCCAUCUGUGAGAAAGACACACUGCAGUGGUAGGAAACACAAAGAGAAUGUGAAAGACUACUAUCAGAAAUGGAUGGAAGAGCAAGCCCAGAGCCUGAUCGACAAAACAACUGCUGCAUUUCAGCAAGGAAAGAUUCCUCCUACUCCAUUCUCUGCUCCUCCUCCUGCAGGGGCGAUGAUUCCACCUCCCCCUAGUCUCCCGGGUCCUCCUCGCCCUGGUAUGAUGCCAGCACCCCAUAUGGGGGGCCCUCCCAUGAUGCCAAUGAUGGGCCCUCCUCCUCCUGGGAUGAUGCCAGUGGGACCUGCUCCUGGAAUGAGGCCGCCUAUGGGAGGCCACAUGCCAAUGAUGCCUGGGCCCCCAAUGAUGAGACCUCCCGCCCGUCCCAUGAUGGUACCCACUCGGCCAGGAAUGACUCGACCAGACAGAUAAGGAGAGACAGGAACCUCUUUAUAUCCAUUUUAUAUUACUUGUUCUUCACCAGGAGAUCAUGGUGCUGUGACUCUGGGUGUUUUCUAACAGCAUGACAAGGAAGACUUGCUCCCCCUUCCUAUCAAACAGAGAAUAGUUUUUGCAAGGGAGUAGUAGGACAAAAAAAAAA